GUAUAAAAGCCGAGUAUUCUCAGAUACAGCAGCAGUUCGUAGUUUGCCUUGGAUAAGUCAAAAAUAUCUUCCCACAGCUUAUUCAUUCAACAUGUUCAAGGGACUACUUCUUUUCCUGGGAUUUGUUUAUUUCGUCGAUGGUCAAAAUUACUACAGCAAUGGACAAGAUGAUCUUGCACAGCCAACUCCUUACCAGUUCAGCUAUACUGCUCCCGCUGAUGGAGGAGGAAGUACCCACGAGGAAAGUGGAGAUGGUUACGGAAGAGUAACGGGAUCAUAUACUGUGCAAGAUGAAGAUGGCCGUUCUCGAAUUGUACAAUAUGUAGCCGAUGAAGGAGGAUUCAGAGCUUCCAUAUCAACCAAUGAACCUGGAACCAGCAAUCAAAACCCAGCUGAUGUAACCAUUUCUUCUAGCGCCGAUGAAGGUUACCAGGCAUUGGCAGCUCCAGCACCAGCUGUCAUUCCUACAGCUCCUGUUGCACCCGUUGCCAUCGCUCCUAUUAGAGUACCACAGCAGCUACCAAGAGGUGAAUUUCAAGUUGCAAGGCCAAUCAGACAACCCAUUAUAAUUCCUGCUCAGCCAGCUGCAAUUCCAAUCCAACCAGCUCGAAUUCAACCAGCUGCGGUAUCAUUCCAGCCAAUUCGAAUACAGCCAGCUGCAGUCCCAGUGCAGCCAGUUCGAAUUCAGCCAGCUGCAGUUCCAAUUCAACCAGUUCAAGUUCAACCAGAGUACGUUCCUGUCCAACCAGCUGCAGUUCCAGUUCAGCCAACUUAUAUACGUGUUCAGCCAGCUGCUGUUCCGAUUGAAACGAGGAGAUUCGUUGAUCAACCUGUUGCAAUUCCAGUUAGUUCGGGAAGGCUUAUCAAUCAACCAGUAGUAAUUCCUAUCGAGGGACCAAGAAUUCUGACGCAACCAGCUGUUAUUCCCAUUGGAGGAACGAGGAUCCUUUCUCAACCUACUGUUUUCCCUGUAGGAGGAAAUAAUAUACGUUUCAUUAGGCCUUAUGGUGACAUCCUAAUAAAGUAAUUUCUAGUUCAUAACUUUCUGAUUUAGGAUAAAGGGGAUUUAUGAAGGCAUAAUUUCUGAAUUUGCUUUUUAGUAUGAAACAGCUUGGUGUUGGAAAACAAAUUUAGCAAGUAUCAGAAAAGUCUUUUUUUUAAUUUUUAAAUUUUAAAGUUAAAUAUAUUGAGUUUUUUUAUAUUGCAUUUUUUCGCAUCUUUAAUUAAUUUCUCGAAGUGAAGUAAAAACGCACGAGGAGUUUUAUAUUCAAGCUUGUGAUUAAUCACUACUUUGUUCAAAGAAUUCAACAUUAUUUUUUAAUAACUUUAAAACAAUAAUGUGCAGUCGAAAUAAUUAAUAUAUCUUCUAGUCAAUAUGUUACAUAUACUUCCUGGAAAAUAUUCGCCUUUUAAAUUUUAAAUGCAAACCUUUCCAUGAGUUGAGGAGAGAUAGAACAAAAGCUAUAAGGAUGAAAAAUAUAUAAAGCAAUGUGACAAAAUUAAGUGAUAGACUCUAAAUAAAAUGAGAAUGAGAUAACAUCUCAUGUGAACUGUAAUUUUUAUAAUAAUAUACAAUUACUAAAUAAAAUAGGAUUUGAAUCGUUAUGAAUAAUGCGAGUGUUGAACUUUUGUUGUUUCUAAUAUAUGUUUUAUAAUUGAGAAAAAAAUAUUUUUUCUUUUAGCCGCAAUAAUUUAUUAAUUAUAUAUUGUUACAGAAGUUAACAGUAAGCAAUCAGUAAUUAUAAAUCAUUAUGGAAGUUGCAGUGAAUAUAUGUUAUUUGAUCUCAUUUUAUUUAGAGUCUGAAACUUAAUUUUACCCCAUUGCUUUUCUUGUCUUUUCUUUUUGGAUACUUUUAAGUUAGCAGUAUUUAAACAUUUGUUCAAGUACUUGAACUGAUGUUAACUCGUAGAAAUCUUUUAGGUGGCUCUUUUUAAGUUUUUCCUGUUUUAAAACUGGGCAUUUUAACUUGCAUAUAACACUUAGGCAUAAAAUUUUUAAAACGGUUAUGUAUAUUUCGUAAUGAGAAAUAUACAUAACCGUUUUAAAAACCUUUUUUCAAUUGAGUCUGUGCUCUUGUUUUGUUCUCUCAUCACAUGGCGAAUUUAUUAUAGGUAUGCACGGAUCACUUACACUGGAAAUUAAUUUACUUUCAUUUUAUUUUUGAAAAUUUGAGUGAUUACAGAAAGCAUUCUUGAAUUAUAAAGACUUAAAACUCGUACUACUUAUUAUUUGAAAGCGUUUCAGAUCACUAAGUUCAUAGUAAAGAUUUCAGAUUACUAACAUCAUAAAUUAAAUAUUCCUUUAAAACUUAAUGAAGAAUUAAAUAGGAUUUCUCCACACGGCUAUCUACAAUCAUUAUCUUAAUACACUCUUCACAUAAACGCAAAAAGCUAAAAUGUUUCAUCUUAAUGAAUUUAAGAAGCUAUUUAAAGUGUCAAAAUUUUGCUUUAUUAUGAUAUGUAUAUACUUGUAUAUGUAUGUAAACAGUUUUAUAUCAUCUUGAAUUUUUUAUGCUCAACACAGGGAAGCUGGGCAAUAGGUACGCCAUUUCUGAUAAAUGCUUAUUGCUCAGAGCUUAUUGUUUAUUAUGUAUCAUAAACAAUGGGUAACGAAUUGUCUUUUAAACUUGGAAUCUUUUGUGUUAUUUUGUUUCUAAUGUCAUAUGCUAUAUUUUAAUGUACAGUGUAUAUUUGGUCUGUUUAUAUAUCAUCUGUCAUGUGACUUGUAUAUUUACUAUUGUAUAUUAUUUAGAGGUGGUUUGUGUAAUUUGCUGAAUCAAAAUAAAAGUUCGUGGAAGCUUUUAAAA